CUCUUUUUCGCUGCUCCACCUCUCCCGAGUCCCCGCCAAAGAUUAACAGAACUCCUCCUCUCCCCCCCACCCCCCCGGGCUCUUUAACCCCGCCACCCCUUCCGCGACCGCCCGCCUCUUGUCCCCCCCGCCGCUACUCGCCCCGUCAAGCUAGCCUAGUUUAGCAAGCCGGCUAACGGGCGCCAGAUUUCCCCAUGUCCUCCGACGAAGGAGCGAGUUCGACGAUCACCGAUUGGCUCUUCGUCCAUUCCUGGUGGCUUCUCCUGCCGUUCGUGAUGCUCCUGGUGGUUUCCGCCUUCAUCGUGGCCUUCGUGUUGCUCCUGUACAUGAUAUCGCCCCUCAUUAGUCCCAAGCCGUUGAAACUGAACGGGGCCCACGUCGUGGUGACCGGGGGGUCGAGUGGCAUUGGGAAGUGCAUCGCCAAGGAGUGCUACAAGCACGGCGCCUUCAUUACGCUGGUGGCGCGGGACGAGACUAAAUUGGUGCAAGCAAAGAAAGAGGUGGAAAAAUGUGCCAUUAAUGACAAGCAGGUGGUGCUCUGCAUAUCAGUGGAUGUCUCAAGAGAUUACGGUCAAGUGGAGAGUGUGAUAAAACAGGCUCAAGAGAAGCUAGGGCCUGUGGAUAUGCUGGUGAACUGUGCCGGAACAUCCUUGUCUGCAAAGUUUGAGGAAGUGGAGGUGGAUCGCUUCAAAAGACUAAUGGAAGUGAAUUACCUGGGCAGUGUGUACCCGACGCGGGCUGUCAUAACCACCAUGAAGGAGCGGAGGAUGGGCCGCAUCAUGUUUGUGUCCUCCCAAGCAGGACAAAUUGGCCUGUUUGGCUACACGGCUUACUCGCCUUCCAAAUUUGCGCUUCGUGGCUUAGCGGAGUCACUGCAGAUGGAGAUGAAGCCAUACAAUAUCUAUGUGACGGUGGCCUACCCCCCUGACACAGACACUCCAGGUCUAGCUGAGGAAAAUAAGACAAAGCCUCUGGAGACCAAGUUAAUCUCUGAGACCUCUGGAGUUUGUCAGCCAGAGCAAGUGGCCAAAAUCGUUGUCAGGGACGCUGUGCAGGGGAAUUUUAAUAGCUCUGUGGGCCCGGAUGGCUACAUGCUGUCAGCACUUACCUGUGGAAUGUCACCCGUCACUUCCAUCACAGAGGGCCUUCAGCAGAUUGUGACCAUGGGACUAUUCCGGACCAUUGCCCUCUUCUACCUGGGGAGCUUUGACAGCAUUGUACGUCGCUGCAUGAUUCAGAGAGAGCAGUCGAAAGCAGCGGACAAGACAGAGUAACAGCACAGUGGCACGCAAACACCCCUCAACCUGCUCCGUCACCCUCCACCACCGUGCUUCCACCCCCCCCCCACCCCUCUAUCACAGCCAGUGGAGGGCCCAAUACCCCACCCCUGCCCCCACCCCUCUACUCUAUAUAUGUGCACAGCCCUUAGCGGGCAAACAAGGCCAGGUCUCAGUGUGCACCAGUGAUAUCAGCUCAACAAGAGGGAUGAAAAGAUAGUGGCAGAUGUGUCCUGUUAGCUUGUCUAGUGAUGUAACUCCUCCGUAGACUUGACCGCUUUCUUUCUCUUUUUUUUUGAUAAUCCUCUGAAAGCAUUCCAGUGACUUUUUGGUUUUAUGUGUGCACCUGCUUCUCUUACUGGAGCAGCCUUACUGAAGGGGGAUGAGGGCAGACUAAACACCCCACAGCCUCUUAUUAAAGUAGGCCUUGUCAACAACUGACACUAGAUAUUGGGCCUCCCUGCCACCAGUUUUCCUCCUUGCAGAGGGGAAAGGUAAAUAGAUACCCCGUCAGACCGGUUGUGCCACAUGCAGCCGGAAAUCCCCUUUUAGCAGGGGAUAUUGAAAAAUAGAACAGUAAGUCUUGAAUAUUACAUUCGCCACACAGCGAGCUUCAUCUUGUCCAACUCUUGAUUCUUUUCACUAAAGCAUUCUGUCACGUGGGUCUUUGCAGGCAAAGCACCUCCUUUACCGACCAUCUGUUCUCUGGGUUUGAAGCCGGGUGUGACCCCCGGCCAAUCUGACGUUUUGGAGGGAUGUUUCACCGUUGCAUUUUUCAAGGUGUUGGCUGAUUAUAAAGGCUGUGCCCUGCAGCGCUGAGGGGGAGCGCCGGAUGGCUUUCUUUACAUUCCUGCAAAUCCGUAAUUUGCUUUCAGAAAAAGAGGAACUGCUUUGUAGAGAAGAGAGAGUGUACAGGCAAGUAGCAGAAAACAGAGUGGGUGCGUUUCUAUGUGCAAUCACGCAUGCCUGCAGAUUUGUGUCGGUGUAUAUGUGUGCUUUGACUGAGCCAACCAACCACCAGGGGAGAAAAGCCAUCGGACUUCCACGUCUGGAGCGGGCACACCGAAUUCUGUUCCGACUAUCCCAUUCAGUUCUUCUUCUUUUUUUUUCUUUUUCUUUUUUUGAAAUAAGUAACAGGAAAUGCAUGUAUGUGUCAAAGCGAUGACGUCAUCAGGAUGCAAAGGAAAACACGUCCACUAGCACAGGUGGCGUCCCCGUUCACCGUGGACUCUGACUUGUCUUUGUCUCUGUGCUACGUGUCAGAUGUGUAGUGUGGGCUUUUUCUACGUGUCUGCACACAUUCAGCCACCUCAGCGGGCGACCCGCAUGGGGCUCAGAUCCGUGUGUAGGUGGGAUGCCGUCGGUCAGAGCAAGGCGAAGGGCUGUUGCUCGCCGGUUCGAGCAAUGUCCCUCUAGGCCAAGCGGUGGCGCCAGAGAUACGUGUUAGAUAAAGGCGAGAAGGUUUUGAGGGAAGUGGUCCCUGUGCCUCAGUGUGACCGUGUCAUGUGCAGUGAGAAUCGAUACCUUCCUCAGCGGCCGCCGUUUCCUCCCUGACGUCCUUCGAGCCUUUAAAGCUUCGUGUGGUGCUGCGCCGCCUUUCUCGGCGUGCUGCUUCUGCAGGCGGAGGAGGGCGCUCGCGCAGGGCUUCCCGUUACCCUCCACAUGUAGGGAGAACGGACUUUGAUAAGACGCAUGCAAAUCAGAAAGUAGGAAUAUUUUUUUAAGGUACACCAAUAUUUACGGGCGUCCGGGUGGCGUGGCGGUCUAUUCCGUUGCCUACCAGCACGGCGAGUGCUGGUUCGAAUCCCCGUGUUGCCUCCGGCUUGGUCGGGCGUCCCUACAGACGCAAUUGGCCGUGUCUGCGGGUGGGAAGCCGGGUGUGGGUGUGUGUCCUGGUCGCUGCACCAGCGCCUCCUCUGGUCGGUCGGGGCGCCUCUUCAGGGGGGGGGGGGAUAGCGUGAGCCUCCCACGCGCUACGUCCCCCUGGUGAAACUCCUCACCGUCAGGUGAAAAGAAGCGGCUGGUAUGGGAGGAGGCACGUGGUAGUCUGCAGCCCUCCCCGGAUCGGCAGAGGGGGGCGGAGCAGCGACCGGGACGGCUCGGAAGGGUGGGGGUAAUUGGCCAGGCACAAUUGGGGAGAAAAAGGGAGGGGGGGUGAAUAUUUGAAUGCCAUACGUUCGAGGACCGUGUGUGCGGGCGCAGGUCGAGGGUGGUGGCGGUGCGGUGCCGCGGCGCUGCUCUGCAUGGCAGGACCAGUUCAACAUGGCGCCGCGCCGCCAUCACGGACCCGUCCCUUUCUCAAAGCCAACACAUGAAAGUGAGAGUGGAUGACUCGCGCGUGACGACGUUCUCAUUUGAUAUUGGUUAAAGGCCACGCGCUCGCCCUCUUGUUUGUGGGCGUCUGUGUUUUUUUUGCGUUCAGGCUCUCGUUCUGUUCGUCCUCACGGCGUAGCGACACCUAGUGGACGGGACACGCAGCUCACGUAAACGCUUCUGUUUUUAACACCUUUAAGCUAUGCAAGCCAGGCCCCGCUCACGUGUCCCACCGGUCAGGAUGGACGGCUCGUGUCAGGCUCGCGCUAGUCUUCUCUUAUUUAACGGCCUCUGCAGAUAUUUAAACAGAGUAUAACAGAGUUUACGAGUAAUGAUAUGAAAGCUGUAAUGCACUCUGCUUCCGUUCUCAUCUUCGUUUCUUUUCUUCCUUUUUUUUUUUUCUUUCGCCAAACUUGUUAGAAUUUCACCUUGUGUGCCAUUGAAGGAAAAUGUGAGAAGUGGAACAUUUCUUUGUCUUAUUUUCUUACAUGAUAAAUGGAAUAAAUACCUGUGGUAA